GAGAGAGAGAGAGAGAGAGAUUAUUAGUCAUCAUUGUCAAUUGUUAGGUAUCAUUUUCUAGGUUCCCUUUUGUUUUUCCCUCUGGAAAUGCACGAACAUAUUCAGAUCUGGUUCAUCGGAGAAUUUUGAAUAGAUUUGAAAUCAGCGAGAUCGAGAGAUCGAAGCUCCAGUGUUCGUAGUUAUUCCCAAAUGGAGGGAUUUAGCGCUUCCGAUGUCUCCACCAUGGGAGGGAUUGCUACCGUCUCGUUGCUUCACUCCUUCAUUCCCACCCAUUGGUUGCCCUUCUCCAUCGUCGGCCGGGCCCAGAAAUGGACCCUCUCCCGCACUCUCCUCGUUACUGCUUUUGGAGCGGUUUUGCAUGUAUUUUCAACUUCACUUCUUGGCAUAACUGCAAUCACCAUGGCCAACACUAUUGCUGGUGAGGAAUCAGUGCACAGACUUGCUUCUCUACUGCUAUUACUUCUCGGAGGAAGUUACAUACUGCUGUUCGCCCUUGGCAAGGGGGGUCAUAGCCAUUCCCACAACCAUCCAAUGGAAAAGAUGGCUGUGGCCGGACUUGUUCUUGUUCCAGCAUUGUCUCCUUGUGCAACAACACUUCCUGUAUUCCUUGCUGUCGGCAAUUCAUCCACUAUGCUGGUGCUUGCUAUUAUUGUGCUCUUGUUCAGCACAAUAACUGUUAUGACAUCGCUGGUUGCUCUGUCAUUCUACGGGGCGAGCCAGCUCAAGUUUCACUGGGUUGAACGCUACGAUAAGCUUCUUGUGGGCUCAGUGCUGUGUAUGGUUGGAAUAUUGACCUAUGUUUUCCAUGAUCAUGGCCAUGAGCAUGCGGUCGGGGAACAUUUGCACAGAAAGCUCAUUGUCUCAUGACUCUUAAACACUUGAAGAGUAGCAUCGUGUCAUCUAUGUGAUUGUAGGACAAAGAGGAAUGAUGUCUACAUGUUUAAUCAUCUACAAUUGGCUUUCGGAUUGCAAUCCAUUGUGAUUACUGAUUUCGGAGUUAAAAUUUUCCUUUUAGCUGAUGCAAGCCAUCUUCUUUUGUUCACUUGUGUUUUAGCUACAUUGACAAACUUAUUUCAUCAUGGCUGUGUAUAUCUAGAAAUCGUUUUUAUAGUGUUA